AUCUUCCUCUAAUUACAUCAUGAAUUGAAUUAACCACAUUACUAAUUUAUUUAUCAAAGUAUUUGGGUUAAUUCAACCACAAAAUAAACAUGGAGAAACAAGAUUUAAUGUUUCUCCUAAUGUGUUCUUUAUCUUAUUUCGUCUUGGCUUUGGCACAAAAUACCACUUUGGAGUCACAUAAUUAUUGGAAACUACGUGAACGAGAAGCUAAGAGGAAACUUGAGGGAGCCUACCAUCCUCAACCCUAUAAUGUCACAAACCACCUUAACCUUCGUUCUCGAAUUUUACAAAGCAGGUGGUUAGAAGAUGAGGUAGGAAGAAACAACACAAGGAGAGAAUUAGCAAAGAGAUACAAAAAAGGAUGCAUGUAUACGAAUCCAAUCGAUGCAUGUUGGAGAUGCCAAGCUGAUUGGGAGAAGAAAAGGCGAAAGCUAGCCAAGUGUGUGUUGGGGUUCGGAAGAGGGACAACCGGGGGCAAAGCAGGGCGCAAGUACUUGGUGAAAGACCCCUCAGACGAUGAUAUGGUGAACCCUAAACCCGGAACCUUAAGACAUGCAGUCAUCCAAGAUGAGCCAUUAUGGAUUGUAUUUGCUAAGCCUGUGAUAAGAAUUAGGCUUAACCAAGAGCUUAUAGUGAAUAGCAAUAAGACCAUUGAUGGCCGGGGUUCACACGUAGUCAUUGAGGGUGGGGCUGGGAUCACAUUGCAAUAUGUGGAGAACAUCAUCAUCCAUGGGAUCAAGCUUAGGGACAUAGUCCCGGGUUCUGGAGGACUAAUCAGAGAUUCAGCUAACCAUUUCGGUUUCAGGACUCAAAGUGAUGGGGAUGCCAUAUCUAUCUUUGCAUCACAUAAUAUAUGGAUUGAUCAUUGUUCAUUCUCCAAGGCCUCGGAUGGACUCAUUGAUAUCAUCAAAGGCUCAACCGCGAUUACCAUCUCCAACUGCCAUAUGACUGAUCAUGACAAGGUAUUUUUGUUUGGUGCAUCAGACACCCAUUAUGAAGAUAGGAAUAUGCAAGUAACAAUUGCAUAUACUCACUUUGGGAAAGGAUUAGUGCAAAGGAUGCCAAGGUGUAGAUGGGGAUUCUUCCAUAUAGUCAAUAACGACUACACUCACUGGCUAAUGUACGCCAUUGGUGGUGGCAAGAACCCAACCAUCAUCAGUGAGGGCAAUCGUUUCAUCGCCCCAAUCAACCCAAGAGCUAAGGAGGUUACUCACAGACAGAUACCAUCAUCACCAUGGGAUAGCGGGACAUGGAUUUCAAAUAGAGACGUGCUGAUAAACGGGGCUACCUUCUUGCAGUCACGCUCACCACUGCAGUUACAACCUAUUGAAAGUAAGAUAAUAGGUUCAAUGCAUGGGAGAUUUGCCGGGCGUGCCACAAAAUAUGCAGGACCAUUGAAAUGUGUACCUAAACGAGCUUGCUAACAUAGUUGUACAAGGUUACAGUAGAAGAAAUGUUUUGCUUUUGUUAUUGUUUCAGUCUACAUUUGUAGAAACAGAGGAUUGCCAAAUCGGACAAAUUGUGUAAUCAACAAAUGACAAUCUAUAUCCACAUUCCGAUUCUUAAUGAACA